AUGGCCGAAAACAGCGAUGGUCGCGAUACCUCGGCAGGGCGUCCCAGAUCUGAGACUGACCAAGCGACCAAUGUCAAGGCAGACCAUGCAAACGUCAGAGCAAUUUUCCAGCAGUGGGAUCCUACGGGACUCUCAGCUGCAAAGUUGCUUGUGCAGCUGGGCUGCGAUGAACUCCGCAGACAUGGCACGCUCCAGAAGGAAGAGCUGCUGUCUAUUCUUUCGGACAUUGGAAUCACUGAUCGAGAGCUGCCUGGCAAAGGACCCAGCCCAAUGCCUCAGUGCCAGAUGGCUUUGGCCCCUUGGCCCAGUUCUGGCAACAUGCUGGAGGGAGGCGGAGACAUCCUGCAGGCUGCGAAAGAAGGCAACGUCGGAGCUGUCCGGCGCUUGCUGCAGGUGGACCCCCAGAGCCUGGAGCAAGUCGACAAAGAUGGCAUGGAGCCGCUGCACUGGGCAGCUUAUAACGGCCAUUUGAAGGUGGUCGAGGCGCUGUUGGCCGCCGGCGCGGCGAAGGAUAGCUACAGCGACGGGCCGUUGCACUUUGCGGCUCAGGAAGGCCACCUGGAGGUGGUCCAGGUGCUGCUGGCCGCGGGCGCCUCUGUCGAGGCGAAGAACGACAUUGGCAACGGGCCGUUGCACUUUGCGGCUCAGGAAGGCCACCUGGAGGUGGUCGAGGCGCUGCUGGCCGCGGGCGCCUCCGUCGAGGCGAAGAACGACAACCGCAACGAGCCGCUGCACCUGGCGGCUAUAAACGGCCACCCGGAGGUGGUCCAGGCGCUGCUCGCCGCCAGCGCCUCCAUGGAGGCGAAGGGUAGCAACGGCAGCGGCCCCCAGAGACGGGACGGAUGCGACAGUGGGGGUGGGCGGUGGAGAGCAACGGGGUGGAGCCCUCCAGCCGUUGACGUCUCCGAGCCCUUCGUUUCUUCCACUGCAGUGGGGGUGGGCGGUGGAGAGCAACGGGGUGGAGCCCUCCAGCCGUUGACGUCUCCGAGCCCUUCGUGGGGUGGGCGGUGGAGAGCCACGGGGUGGAGCCCUCCAGCCGUUGACGUCUCCGAGCCCUUCGGCAAGACGCCGUACGACUACGCCAAGAAAAUGGGCCGCCAGAAGGUGAUGGGUGUGCUGGACCCGGUCCCUUGGCGCUGGGAUGAACAUCCCUUGGUGGACCAGGGCUUCGGCACAUGUAUUUGUGGCCCUUCUCAGUGGCCGGAGCUGCAAAUAUGUGACCCUGGCAUGUGUCAGUUGGCCCUGCCGGACACCCCGUGCUCCGCCGUGCCACGCGUCGCGGUUCCGAGGAAGAAACUCGGAAUCACCAUCCAGAACGAAGCAAAGACUCUGGAAGAAACCGGUGUUUUGCCUGGACAUACGUUGACCGCAGUCAUCGCGCCAGCAGUGGGGCAGGGUGAUGUCUCAGAGGAGAAGCAGUUGGCAGAGGAUGAAGGCGAUUUGCAAAAUCCCAACGACUUCAUUGAGUUCCUCAUCUCAGCGAACAUUCGGCUGGUCCGCGCCGAGUUCUUGAUCGAGCUGGAUGAGACUGGGACCCCCAUGCCUCGCCGACAAGAGGCAGAGUUCAUGCACGUGCGGAGUGGGGCAACUGCACUGGUGGAGCUUGGUGAGUACAAAGAGUUGCACGUGAAUCAAACAUCAGGACACGUCACAAUCCGCACGGCUGAGGGCCCCUCCAUAGUGCGAUUCCGGUCAAUCUCCCACAUGUGGGAGGCAAUGGAGCAUCCGGAUCCCUGGGGAUUCCAGGUCCGCAGCAUUGUGGAGAAGUACCGAGAAUUACCCAAGGAUUCGGUGACUUGGGUCUUCGUGGACUUCCUGUCGCUGUAUCAGUACAAGAGAUCUGCUGAAGAAGAUGAGUUCUUCAGGAAGGGGCUGAAGCGAAUGCACUGGCUGUACAGUCAUGAGAUUGUGCAGGUAGACAUCCUCACUGAACUCACACCUGAGGACAAGAAGUUCGAGGGCGAGAUUUUGGUGUACAACGCGACGGAAGACCAGGUGAAACUGACACCAAUCUGCGAGCUGAGGCUGAACAACACCCCCUAUGAGCUUCGAGGUUGGUGCCAGAGUGAAUCUGAGUGGUCCCGCCUGCGUAUGGAUGUGCUUGGAGGUUGUAUUCCCACUCCUCCAGAAAUAUUCAGGAAGAGGAUGCAACGGAUGCGGUUCACGCAUCGAAAUGAUGCCGAGCAGGUGCUUGCUUUGCAAGAGAAGGUGUUCAGAGACAAAGUCUCCAGGACAACACACUUGCAGCUCCAACAACUCUCUGCGGAUGACUUGGAAUGUCUACAUGACGCCUUGCCCCACUACAACAGGUUGGAGUACUUGGUGGUAAAUGGCAAUGCCCUGAAGGGGCAAGAUGCCGUGGCGAUGGUGACCUCAGGUGCGGCGGACAUCCAAAUGGAGUCGUGUUCUCUACAAGAUGAAGAUGCAGAUGCAAUGGCAGAGGCACUGAUGAGCUCAGCUGCUGCUCGAUUGGAACAUCUGAGUCUGACUGGGAACCGCUUCAGUGACAUCGGGACAGCUGCCCUUCGCAAAGUGAUGAAGCAGCGACCGCAGCUGAAGAUCCGAUUGUAG